GAUAGACACCACAGAUAGAUCCUGACCAUCACCCAAGGUACAACUGCACAACUGUGGGAAGACAUCCAGUCCCUUCACAGCAUUGCUCAACACAGAGAAAGUUGGGCAGUGAAACCAUCAUCUGGAAAUCGGUCGGGUCAGGGGAACUUUGACAUAUCAUCAGAUCUGAAACUGGUCAGUGGUGUGGAACCUUCCAUCAGAACCAACCUUUCCAAAGGUUCAGCUGUGGGUGAUCGUGAGGGUGAGGCUGGGAAGAAGUGUAAGUGGCUCCAAGUGUGGUGAGAGUUUCAAUCAUUCAUCGAGCCACAUGAACCACUGACUCAUUCUUACUGGUGAGAGGCUGUUCAAGUGUGAGGUGUGUGAGGAGGACUCCAUGGGCUCAUAAGAUCUCGUAGCACACAAAGUGCAUCUCUUACAACCACUGUUACGUCAAGGGCAGCCAGAUGGAAGAGAAACGGUUUAAGUGUGAGAUGUGUGAUGAAGCUUUUGUGACAUCUUCGAGUCUCCUGAUACACCAGGGGAUUCACAUGGGGAAGCAACUCCUCAGGUGUGAGGUGUGUGAGGCGACUUUUACCAAUUCCUCCAAGCUUCUGAGACACCAGAGGAUUCACACAGGAGAGAAACCGUUCAUAUGCAAAGUGUGCGACAAAUCAUUUGCACAGUCAUCAAAUCUCCGUGUACACCAACGUGUUCACACAGGGGAGAAACCAUUCACGUGUGAUGUCUGUGACAAAUCAUUUUCUGACUCAUCGAACCUCCGCAUACACCAACGCAUUCAUACAGGGGAGAAACCGUUCAAGUGUGAUGUGUGUAACAAAUCAUUCUCUCAGUCAUUGAAACUCCUGUUCCAUCAGACAGUCCACACUGGGGAGAAACCAUUCAUGUGUUUGAUGUGCAACAAAUCAUUUUCGCGGUCCCAGACCCUCCGUGUACACCAACGUAUUCACACUGGGGAGAAACCAUUCAUGUGUGAAGUGUGCGACAAAUCGUUCUCGGAUUCAUCAGCUCUUCAGGGACACCAACGCAUUCACACUGGGGAGAAACCAUUCACAUGUGAGGUUUGUGACAAAUCGUUCUCACAGGCAUCAAAUCUCCGUGUACAUCAACGCAUUCACACAGGUGAGAAACCAUUCACAUGCAAGAUGUGUGACAAAUCGUUCUCGGAUUCAUCGGCCCUCCGAGGUCACCAACGCAUUCACACUGGGGAGAAACCGUUCACAUGUGAGGUUUGUGACAAAUCAUUCUCACAGGCAUCAAACCUCCAUGUACACCAACGUAUUCACACGGGCGAGAAGCCAUUCAUGUGUAAGAUGUGUGACAAAUCAUUUUCGGAUUCAUCAGCGCUCCGGGGACACCAACGCAUUCACACAGGGGAGAAACCAUUCACAUGUGAGGUUUGUGACAAAUCAUUCUCGUUGUCAUCGAACCUCCAUGUACACCAACGCAUCCACACAGGGGAGAAACCAUUCACAUGUGAGAUGUGUGAUAAAUCAUUCUCCCAGUCAACGGAACUCCGUGUGCACCAACGCAUUCACACAGGGGAGAAACCAUUCAAAUGCGGAGUGUGCAAUAAAUCAUUCUCAAAUUCAUCGUACCUCCGCACACACGAACGCAUUCACACUGGGGAGAAGCCAUUCACGUGUGGGGUUUGUGAUAAAUCAUUCUCGCGGUCAUCGAGUCUCCGCACACACCAACGCAUUCACACAGGGGAGAAACCAUUCACGUGCAAGAUGUGUGACAAAUCGUUCUCAGAUUCAUCGGCCCUCCGAGGUCACCAACGUAUUCACACAGGGGAGAAACCAUUCACAUGUGAGGUUUGUGACAAAUCAUUCUCACAGGCAUCAAACCUCCAUGUACACCAACGCAUUCACACGGGCGAGAAGCCAUUCACUUGUAAGAUGUGUGACAAAUCGUUUUCGGAUUCAUCGGCCCUCCAGGGACACCAACGCAUUCACACUGGGGAGAAACCAUUCACAUGUGAGGUUUGUGACAAAUCAUUCUCGCUGUCAUCGAACCUCCAUGUACACCAACGCAUACACACAGGGGAGAAACCAUUUACAUGUGAGGUGUGUGAGAAAUCAUUCUCCCAGUCAACGGAGCUCCGUGUGCACCAGCGCAUUCACACAGGGGAGAAACCAUUCAUGUGCGAAGUGUGCUGCAAAUGGUUCUCUAAUUCAUCGUACCUCCGCACACACGAACGCAUUCACACUGGGGAGAAGCCAUUCACGUGUGAGGUUUGUGAUAAAUCAUUCUCGCGGUCAUCGAGUCUCCGCACACACCAACGCAUUCACACAGGGGAGAAAUCAUUCACGUGUGAGGUGUGUAACAAAUCAUUCUCACAGCCUCGAACUCUUCAUGUACACCAACGCAUUCACACAGAAAAACCAUUUAAGUGUGUGGUGUGUGGCCGAGCCUUCACACACUCAUCGACACUAGUGAAUCACAGACGCAUUCACACCGGAGAGAAGCCAUUCAAGUGCGUGGUGUGUGGCCAAGCCUUCACACACUCAUCGACACUUGCGAAUCACCGACACAUUCACACUGGAGAGAAAGCACUCAAGUGUGAGGUGUGUGAUAAAACCUUUACCCGGAUUUCGAACCUCCUGGACCACCAGACAAUUCACACAGGGGAGAAACCCUUCAAGUGUGAGGUUUGUGAUAAAGCUUUUGUGACGUCUACAAGUUUCCUGAGACAUCAGAUGAUUCACACGGGAGAGAAACCGUUCAGGUGUGAUGUCUGUGAGAAGGCUUUCACCCAAUCUUCUGAUCUGUUGACACACCAGCGGAUUCAUACAGGGGAGAAACCAUUCAGGUGUGAGGUUUGUGGGAAAGCUUUCACCCACUCCUCUGACCUCCUGGCACACCAGCGGAUUCACACGGGGCAGAAACCCUUCAAGUGUAAUGUUUGCAACCGAGCCUUCAGACAGUCAUCAACACUCAUGCAACACCAACGCAUUCACACUGGGGAGAAACCAUUCACAUGUGAAGUGUGCGACAAAUCAUUCAUUCAGUCGUCAAAUCUCCGUGCACACCAACGCAUUCACACUGGGGAGAAACCAUUCAAGUGUGAGGUGUGUAAUAAAGGCUUUGCACAAUUAUCGGGCCUGGUGAAUCACCAGGGGAGAAACCAUUCAAGCCUGAGGUGUGCAAUCGAGCCAUCACUGCUCAUGAAGCACUGACACAUUCACACUGAUCAGAAGUCUGAGGUGUAUGUCAAAGUUUUCACAAGGUAAAUGUCCUUCCUGAUACACCAGACGAUUCACAUGGAGAAGAAACCAUUCAAUUGUGACUGAGGCUUUGCACAGCCAGUGAGACUCAUGAAACAUGACACGUUCACAGUGGGGAGAAGCUGUUCAGGUGUGAGGUGUGUAAUGAGGGCUUUCCAGAAUCAAUGGGCCUGGUGAAUCUGUGAGACAUUCACACUGGAGAGAAACCAUCUAGGGGUGAGUGUGUGACAAAGGCUUCCAAACCGACCAAUGUUGCUGCUCCAUCAGGGAAUGCACACAGGGGAGAAACCCUUCAAUUAUGAGAUUUACAAUCAAGUUCUCCUGAAGUCUUCGACCCUCCUGAGACACAACGGUUCCAGACAGGAGAGAGAUCCUCUAGGUGUGAGAUGUGUGACAAAGUUUUCAGUCACUUUGUCUCCCGGUUCAUGAUCACUGAACUCACUGGGGAGAAGCCUCAUCAGUCUGAAUGAUGUAAUAAAGAGGAACAACAGAGAGGAAUUUACGGAAUGUAGAAGCUGGAGUAAUCCUUUGAGCCUGUUACACCAUUCAGUUAGAUCAUUGCUGAUCCAUAUCUUAACUCUGUCUGUCUGCCUUGGCUCUGUAACCCUUAAUCCCAUUGUCUAACAAUAAACCUAUCAAUCUCAGUUUUGAAAUUUUCAGUUGACCCCACAGCCUGAACAGAUUUUUGUGGGGAGACAGUUCCAGAUUUCCAGUCCCCUUUUUGUGAAGAAGUGUUUGCUGACAUCACCUCUGAACAGCCUGGCUCGAAAUUUAAUGCUAUGCCCCCUUAUUCUGGACUCUCCCAUCAGAGGAAUAUUUUCUCUCUAACUACUUGGUCAACCUGUUUAAUCAUCUUAAACACCUCAAUUAGAUUACCUCUUAAUUUUCCAUAUUCAAGAGAAUACAAGUUCAGUCUGUGCAACCUGUCAUAAUUUAACCCUUUUAGCCUCAGGAACAUUCUGGUGAAUCUACACUGCACUCCCUCCAAGGCCAGGAUAUCCUUCCUGAGGUGCAGUGCCCAGAACUGAACACAGUUCUCCAGAUAGGGUCUAAACAGAGCUCUGUACAGCUGGAACAUAACUUCCACAAGGACACAGUUGGUUCUGGGAAGGAGAAGUUGUGGAUUACCUUUUCUCUUCAGGAUGUUCCUGGAGUAAUGAGCAGUUUUGGCAGAGGAAAGCAGGAUCACUAGUGUUUGAUGUGGUCCAGUCAGAUCUGGUGUUGGAUGGCUAAACCAGUUGUGUACCAGAUACGCUCAAAUCUUUACCCCUUGGAUUUAAGCAACAGGGACAUCAAUCGGGAAGAAAGAAAGUAAAGGUAAUUUUGGGAACAAUGGUGUAGAAGGUGGAUAUGAGGGCGUGGUUAAACCAGAUUGACGGCUACAGAUGCAUUGUGGUGAAUGAAGGGCCAAAGGGCAGAGAGUUGGGAAUUAGAAAGCCCUGUCCAACUCACGUGGUGGAAAAGUGUCUUCCAGGAACGGAAACUGAUUGGUGCAUGGACCCAUGUGACCACUGGAUCUCUGUAACCAUUUGAUGGGUUUGUAUGAUGGAAACAAGCUACAUCCUGUGCCACUAAAGUUCGGUGUCAUUUCUGACCAUUGGAAUUGGGAGCCAGACUAAAGCACAGGGAUUUUAAAGAAACUUCUGUCUGUCAUAUUCUGAGAGCUUCCCCUGAUGUGAGUGUGUGUGUGUGUUAGUGAAGUGAGCCAGCUCUCAGGAGUGGGUAUGGGGUGGAAUCAGACCCUGCUUUAGUUGGUGAUGUGAAUUACAGACAGAUCCUCUUCAGGUGACGGGUGUUUUGACUAAUACCAUGGGGAAUGUUUGUACUUUCCUGUCUGGGAGGACUACCAUCCUGAGUAUUGUGAGGGAGUGGGAGUGAGUCUCCACAGACCCGAGUUCUCUCAGCCCAUUGUACUCAAUGUUCACCUUACACUCUUCCAAGAUUCAUUUCAUGUUCUGGAAAAGAUCAUGAGUCAUUUUCAAAUGUUUUGUAAUUUUGGUUGAUUCAAAGUUUGGUGUAAGUUGAAUAUUGUAUUGUUUUUCUGCUGUGUUAUCAAUCUUCUGUAUAGAUUCAUAACUCACAAUAAAUUCAUUCUUUUUGCUUUCA